AGCGAAAGCAAAAUAAGUCUUGCAAGUUUAAAUAAAAUGAGUCUGAGAAGUGAUGAUGCUCUCUCAGUUCAAUCUACCACAAAGUUCAAGAUCUGCAUUGUCAAGUUUGGCUGAAGCAAAACCAAUGUCAUUGGCUAGUUGUACAAAAGAGACAAAAGAUGGUAUUUAACUUAUCUAUAAUUUGUCUUUAAACUCUUCACCGAGAAAACCUUGUGUGCGGGAAGACAAAAGUUUGUAUAAUUUGAUAAAAUUUAAACAUGUUACAGCUUGUUAUAACGGAAAACAUUCUUUGUGUCAUCUUACAAAAACACUUGGUAUUCUGACGCUAUUUCAUUCUUGUCCUGAACCUCACUGAGAGAGGAACACGAGUUUUCAAAAUCAAUUUUUGUCAACUAAACGUUGCAAUGAAGUUUCUUCAUCGAAAUAUUUUACUGAUCUGGUCAUGUCUUGUGGUGGUCGAAAUGAUCCAUGGCAAAGACAUCGAGUCAGACGAGGAAAGCUCGAUAGCUAAACGCGAGAAGAAGGAUAACAAAUCAUUGUGUCAAGGCUUGCCAGGUCUUCCAGGAAGAGAUGGACGUGAUGGUCGUGAUGCUGGCUUACGCGGACCUCCUGGAAGACGUGGACCAGCUGGACCUCGAGGUGAAAAGGGGGAAGCUGCAGGAUCAAGAGGGGGAACUGUGUACACACGAUGGGGAAGAAAACAUUGUCCACAGAUCUCUAGAACUAAUGAAUUAUAUUCAGGUGUGAUGGCUGGAUCACGUUUUAACCAUAAGGGUGGUGCUUCAAACUAUCUUUGUCUACCAUUGAAUCCGAUAUUUGACAAAGUUAAGGCUGGUAAUCAAGGAGGGAGUUAUAUCUAUGGCACCGAGUACGAGACACAGUCCUAUCCUUACGUAUUUCCCCAAAACAUCGUUAAUCACGAUGCUCCCUGCGCAGUCUGUCACACCGAGUCACGUGAUAGUCACGUGAUGAUACCAGCUCGUAAUGUCUGUCCCUCAGGCUGGACCUUGGAGUAUAAAGGAUAUCUCAUGUCCGAACAUUAUAAUCACAAAGGAAGAACACAGUUUCUUUGUGUUGAUGAGAACGCUGAAGCUACAACAGGAUCUCAUGUUGAUUACAAUGGCGCCCUACUUUAUUUUGUUGAAAGUCAGUGUGGUUCUCUUCCUUGUCCACCAUACGCCACUGGUAAAGAACUCACUUGUGUGGUUUGCACAAAAUGAUUCGUGUGCGAAUGGAUGACGCUUUAAUACCCUUAUUCCAUUUUUUAUCGCCCAAUAUCGUCAAUCAUUUAACUAAUGUUUCACUUAAUAAUGUAAUCACCUAAUAAUGUGAUCACUUAAUAAAUGUAUUCACUUAAUAAUGUAUUCACUUAAUAAUGUAUUCACUUAAUAAUGUAUUCACUUAAUAAUGUAAUCACUUGAUAAUGUAUUCACUUAAUAAUGUAUUCACUUAAUAAUGUAUUCACUUAAUAAUGUAUUCACUUAAUAAUGUGUUCACUUAAUAAAGUAUUAACUUAAUAAUGUAUUCACUUAAUAAUGUAUUCACUUAAUUAUGUAA